UAUCAGAAAAUUUGGAAUUCAAUCGGAGCAGAAGUCGCAGAUUGAGGAGAGAGAGAUGGGGCUGCUGUGUUGUUUCGAUGGAGGCAACAGUGCACAGAGAAAGGAAGAAGAAAGGGCCGCCUCCGCGGAAGCUCUCGCCAACGCUGCCCAAGCCGCCCAGAGAAGGCAAGAAGAAUUCGAAAAGUCUGCAGCAGGAAGAGCUGCGCGUGCACAGCAACAGCAACAGGCGGCUGCAAAGCAAGCUGCCAGCUCUAACAAAGGCGAACCAGUAUUAAAGUGGUCAGUGGGUUGAGGCCUAGCCUUUGGUCUGUCUCUCCGUCAACUUCCAACUUGUUUAUACAGAUUCAACAUGUUCCGUGGACUGCCAAUUCCUUUUGCGCCAAGAACAAAUACUCCAGAUCUCCAACAGACAGUUGCUGUUAUCAAUCGACAUUCACUUUGUCAUUUGUUUUGUAUAUUGAAUGUCAAGAAAAUAAUAACAGUUGUAAGUUCUUGCUUCGGUGCAUCUCUUAAUAAUUCAAUCCGGGCCAUUCAUUUUUCUGUGCAACAAA